ACAUUUACCAAAAUGUCUCCCAGUUUUUCUGUUUUAUUUUUCGCCAUAGUUGCAUCAGCCAUAGCCAACAGUCAAGACAAUACACGCAAAACUCCACCAGAAACAUCAAGCUGUGGACGAUUUGGAAAAUGGUCCGGGUGUGCCUCAAAGUGUCCACCGAAAUGCAGCACUCGAGACAUUCAGUCACAUAUUUAUUGUAUUGAUGUAUGUGUGGAAGGAUGCAGAUGUAAUCCUGGGUAUCUAAUAGAAGAUCAAUCCGGUUUGUGCGUUAAACCCAAAAAAUGCAAAAGUUCUAAGGCAUAUAAAAAGCUACAAAAACCAGACCUGAAGCCAGCUUGUUCUGGAUAUUGUACCUAA